CAACUACACCAGCCGACUAUAGAAAUAUAAUAAAUAGUUGACCUUGUCUAGCCGCCUAAGUUGUGGGGUAGCUGCCCAUCAACUAACUACACUGGAGCCUUGCCCAAGCAGCUCUCCACCUGAUUGCGCUUGGACGUCUCCGUGUGGGCUGCACAUGUCAUCAUCAGUGCAGCCGCCUUAACAGCCCAGACGCCAAACGCCUUUCCGAGAUCCGCAUCAAACGUCAGACGGUAGAUCCAUUCAUGAUUUCCAGGUACCCGCGAAAGAGCCGCCUUUCCAACGAGCCCCAGAUUCCCAAGCGCCACCGACCUUCGCCAUAGGAAAGGCCGUUGUCCACUUUGAAAUCUAGCAUCCAUAGUCGUUCAAGAUGGAGAGCCUCAAGGCGCUCUUCGUCAAGCCCGAUCCCAAUGCCCAGUUACGAAAAUGCAACGCGCUGAUCCGGUCCAACAUCCGGAAACUCGACCGCGACAUCAACCAAGUGAAGCAAGUGGAGAUGAAGACGAAGAACCUGAUCGUAGCGGCCGACAAGCGCGCACAGAAGAACCCGAACCAGCAGAAGCAGGCGGCGCGAGAGGCGCGCGAUUUCGCCAAGGAGCUGAUCCGCGCGCGCAAGACGUCGUCGAGGCUCGUCACCUCCAAAGCCCAGCUCAACAGCGUCCAGAUGCAGGUCAACGAGGCAUUUGCCGUGCGCAAGAUUGAGGGUAGCAUUCGGGCAAGCGUCGGCAUAAUGAAGGACGUCAACACGUUGAUCCGGCUGCCAGAGCUGGCGGGGACGAUGCGCGAGCUAAGCGUCGAACUCAUGAAGGCGGGUGUCAUCGAGGAGAUGGUUGGGGAGAGCUUGCCUGAGGAGGAAAUGUUUGAGGACGAGGAGAUGGAGGCUGAAGGGGAGGUCGAAAAGGUGCUGGGCGAGAUAUUGAAGGGGCGUAUGGAGAAGACGGGGCCAAUGCCCAGCGCGCCCGUGGCACAGGAGCCGGUGGCUGCGGAAGAGGAGGAAGAAGACCAGGAGGCGAUGAUGGAUCAGAUGAGGAACAGGCUAGAGGCUUUAAGGAGUUAGAAUGCGUUCAUAUCAGUUGGCUGGCCUGGCGUUCAGGGUAGGUUUUUAUAACAUGGCGGUGAUUCUUCCUCGACACCGACCGCUACGAGAUAUGGGAAUUGCAUAGCUCGGUUUGAUUUUGACGAAGAAUACCUUCGUCAAAUCUCUUCAAACUAGGAAUAAAUUCUGGCUACA